AUGGAAAAAUUCUUUAACAGAGUUGGGAAAAUCGGAGCAGGCUUCUUCGCGACAGGUCUACUCUUCUCAAGAUUCAUCUUCGUAGUCGAUGGAGGCGAGAGGGGUGUCGUCUUUGACAGAUUUAGAGGAGUAGUGCAGAAAGUCUAUGGUGAAGGAAUGCAUUUUAUUAUCCCCUUCAUACAGGUUCCAAAUAUCUUUGAAGUUAGAGCCAGAUACCAACUUAUUCACUCAAGAACUGGAACCAGAGAUCUUCAGACAGUUGAUUUAGCUGUGAGAAUCUUGUAUAGGCCGCUUGAAAGUCAAUUACCAAAAAUACUUAACAAUCUUGGGAUUGAUUAUGAUAAGAGAAUCAUUCCUUCUAUUGGUCAAGAAGUUUUAAAGUCUUCAGUAGCCCAGUACAAUGCUGAGCAGCUCCUGACUCAGAGAGAAAAGGUCUCACUUGAAAUUAAGGAUGAUAUGUCCAAGAGAGCAAAAGAUUUUGAUAUCGUUUUGGACGAUGUCUCCAUCACUCAUUUGAAGUUCUCCAAAGAGUUUGCUGCAGCCAUUGAGCAGAAGCAAGUCGCUCAACAAAUGGCUGAGAGAUCCAAAUUUGUAGUAAUGCAAAGAGAACAAGAGAAGAUAGCAAACAUUCUUAGGGCUGAAGGAGAGUCUGAAGGAGCUAGACUUAUUGCUAAUGCUAUUAAUGAACACGGAAAAGGUCUGGUCGCUCUCAGAAAAAUUGAAGCUGCUCAGCACAUUGCUUCUACUCUAUCUACCUCUCCAAACAUCUCAUUCAUAGCUGGAAACACUAUGAACAUGCUUCAGAUCCCUUCACACAGAUAAAGAUCUAGAACAAAAGUUUAAUUCUCAUUCAACG